UGGUACGAGUAGCAAAAUUUACCGUGCCGUCCCUUUGAAGCUCCCCUAAGCAAAACAAAAUGUUAUCCCCGCGACGUGCCAUCGUUGAACAACCAAUCGGAGGAGCAUCUUGUUGCUCUUCGUGAUGAAGGGAACCGGGGAAAAAAAAAACUCCCUCUUCUCCGCUUACAAAACGGCACGGCACGGUGUUUGAGCAUUUGACUUCACCGUCUCUCCUCCCCAACCCAGCACAGGACAAGAACACACAUCACACGACGAAGAGAUGAGAUGACGAUAGCAAUGAUUUAGCGUGCUCUCGCCAUGCGCUGUGAAUUGUGAUUGGUGACUCCGACGAAGACUUUCGAGGCGAGCGUGCGUGCGUGCGUCUAUGGUGGUGGAGAUGGGGAGAGAUGGGGGCGAGGCGGCGGCGGACGGCGGCGCCAUGGACGGGGCGGGGCGGGAAGUAGGAGGAGGCGACGCGGCAGCGGAGAAGGCGGUGGUGGGAGAGAAGGACGACGCCGCCGGUGGAGGAGACGAGUGGGCGGAGGGCGAGGAGGUGGUGGUGGUGGAGGAGGAGGCGAGAAAAGAGGAGGUGAAGGGUGGGUGGUCGGAGAUACGGGUGGCGAUCGAGGAGCUCUCCGCCGCUGUCGAGCACCGCGGCGGCGAGCUGCCGCUGCCGCCGCCGCCUCCCACGCUGCCCUUCCUCGCGCUCUCCCACCUCCUCGUCCAGGUGCUCGAUAAGAUCGGUCCGACCAUGGCUGUGCUGCGGCUCGACGUCCAACGAAACAUCGAGAGGCUGCAGGAUUUGUACUUGUUGAACCCAUCCAAAUACUCUACUCUAGAGGAGAUACUGGAGAAGGAGGUGGAGGACAACACUGCUAAGAAGGUUGAUAGCUGUGCAAGAGCUGUUCUUUGGCUUAGUAGAUCCAUGGAUUUCACUAUUGCACUAUUACAGAGAUUGGAGGAGGAUUCUGAUCAGAAGUGCUUUGGACAGCUUGUAGAAUCUGCAUACAUGGUCACUCUCAAGCCAUGGCACGGCUGGAUCUCCUCAGCAGCCUACAAGAUCGCAAUGAAGCUCAUUCCUGACAGGAAGAUGUUCAUCAGCUUGCUCGUUGGCAAAUGCCAAGAUUAUGCUGCUCUGAAGGAGGAGAUCCGAAAGCUUGCAAAGUUGCUUCAGCCCUUCCUCGAUGAUAUCCACGCCAUGAUGGCCAAGUUCAGAUUGGACAGGCUGAAAUCAACUUGAUGGGAAGCUUAGAAAUGGUCGUUGCAAUAUGUGAAUGUAAAUACUGCCCUGGUCAGUUGGUUUGGCUGCGUACAGAUUUCCCUUUUUUGUGUGGUAGUAAUUGUGUACCUCACUAAGUCUGUAAAUAGGUUAGUCAGGAACUGUUAAUUAUUAAUUUCUAUUUUUAGGACUUGAAAAUUCUAAAAAAUAUGUUGCUCAGAUCGACUGGAGAUGGAGCAUAGUUGAUGAGCCUCGAUGUGACAAUGGGGCCUUUGGGGAGCUUUAGAUUCUGAGAGGCUGCUGCUUGGUAGCUAGUUUUUGAGAAUCUGGAAAAGCUCAUAAACCCAGCUUUUGGAUUCUUAGUUUAUUUUUCAGAAUCUGUAAUACAGAUUUUCAUAAACUGUGGACCGUUUAGGACAGCUUUUAGAAAAAGCCGUUGCUAGAAGAAGCUCUCCAAAUAGGCUUAAUGUUUCUUUACAGCCCUUACUGGGUCCUUAGAAGUUGAACAUGGGCUACGCAGAAAGGAACUCUUGUUUGAGCUUCCUGUACAGUUGUACUCACUCUAUCUUAAAAUAUAGGCACAAUCACGGUACAUCCUACUGGUAUUGGUACUGGUAGUAGCGUAGUAAAAUUUUGUACACAUGUGGCGGUGUGGCCUAUGGAUUGUUCUCCUCACAGGGCGUUGUUCGGUCAGGGACAUCAAGG